UUAAAUUUAAUUUUGAAAAUUCAACACAACACACGCUUUUUCCGUUACAUAGCCAAAUCAUCACUUCUCUCAUUUUUUUCUUCACAUUCAAAGAAGCAAGUCAAAUUAUCAUGGGAGAAGAAGGUUGCGAGUGCAGGCCACUAGGGUUCUUGAUCGGAUUGCCCUUUGCUCUCUUGGCCUUGAUCUUAUCUCUUGUUGGCGCAGUUAUCUGGGUUUUUGGAUCGGUAUUGAGUUGCUUGUGUCCUUGCUGUAUUUGCUGCGCGGGAUUGGCGAAUUUGGCUGUGAGUCUGGUAAAGCUUCCGGUAAAAGUUCUGAGAUGGUUCACACGACAAAUUCCUUGCUAGAAAUUUUUUUCCUCUGCACCUUUUCGAUUCGUUUGUAGCAUUUGAUGGGUCUUGUCAUGGCCCAUUUCUAUUUCUUGGGAUUUCCCUCUUCUUGUGAUUCAUUGGAUUCAUAACCCUCAUUUACCGUUAAUAUUUGAUUCUUUUUCGUCUUCUCAACGAAUGAUGCUUUUUUUUUUU